AAACAAUGAAGCAGGAAGAAAGAAUUCACUUUGAACCCAACCAGUUCUAGCUCCUUCUGGUGAUCAUCUACUGAAGAGAAACACAAAACACAGGAGUUUCUGCGCUCGGGAAGAUUUUCAUUAUGCCAGGCUACUCAGAAUUUUAUUUCAAUGUGGAUCAUGGUUAUCUAGAAGGACUGGUCCGAGGCUUUAAAACUGGAAUCUUGAAAGCUUCUGAUUAUGUUAACUUAGUCCAGUGCGAAACCCUGGAAGACCUGAAGUUACACUUACAAACCACAGAUUAUGGAAACUUCUUGGCCAAUGAAACUGGUCCUCUUACCGUCUCUACAAUUGAUGACAAACUAAAAUUCAAACUGCUGACAGAAUUUCAGUAUUUUAGAAAUCAUGCCUUUGAACCACUUUCAACUUUUCUAAAUUAUGUUACGUACAGCUAUAUGAUUGAUAAUGUGAUUCUCCUCAUUACUGGUACCUUGCGCCAAAGACCUAUAGAUGAAUUGGUUCUUAAGUGCCAUCCUUUGGGCAACUUCGAACAAAUGGAAGCUGUCAGCAUUGCUCCAAACCCUGCAGAGCUCUUCAAUGCAAUCUUGGUGGACACACCAUUAGCUGAUUUUUUUCAAGAUUGUAUAUCUGAAAAUGACCUGGAUGAAAUGAAUAUUGAACUCAUGCGCAACAAACUAUACAAGUCCUAUCUUGAGGCCUUUUAUGCAUUCUGCAAAAAAGAAGGUGGCACUACAGCAGAUAUAAUGUGUCCUAUUUUAGAGUUUGAAGCUGACCGGCGGGCAUUUAUUAUCACAAUUAAUUCAUUUGGAACAGAACUAAGUAAAGAGGACAGACAGAAGCUGUAUCCAACCUGUGGCAGACUGUAUCCAGAAGGCUUAGAUAUGCUCGCCAAAACUGAGGAUUAUGAGCAAGUGAAGGGGGUCGCAGACUACUAUGCUGAAUACAAGGCUUGCUUUGAAAUGGUUGGAGGUAGUACAGGUGACAAAACCUUGGAAGAUGCCUUUUUUGAGCUUGAGGUAAAAAUGAACGUGCUGGCAUUUAACAGUCAAUUUCAUUUUGGAGUUUUUUAUUCCUACAUUAAACUGAAGGAACAAGAAAGCAGAAAUAUUGUAUGGAUUGCUGAAUGCAUUUCUCAAAGGCACAGAACAAAGAUUAACAACUACAUCCCUAUAUUUUAAAUUGUUAUUGGUGCCUGUUGUCAUUUAUUAAGGGUUAUUUACUAAAUUAUUCCUCAAAAAACAGUCUCUUUAUAUAUGUGGCCAUUAGGAAGAAAUUGUCUUAUAAUGUAGCAGUUCGUUGUUCCCACGUUAGAUCUGUUCAGAUGAAACAAUUCAUAGUAUGAUUUGAGCAAUUUUCAGUUAUUAUAUUACAACAAAUGUAAGAUGAAUACAAAAGCUUGUGAUUAGGAUGUUUCAAAUAUCCUACUUUACAAAUGCAAUCAUCCAUUUAAAGAGCUGUCAAAGAUGAUUUUCCAUAUAAAGGCAAGCUCCACUUGAAGAGAUUUUCAAACCGCUUAUGGCUUAAAGAUAAAUAAGAAUCAAUUUAGGUAGUACUUUAAACUGGAUAUCAUUGUGAGUAAUUAGCAGCUGGAGCAAAGGUUUCUGCGGGUGUGCUCAGGAAAUUGAAACUGAUGGCAGAGUGGUGCAAUUGAAGCUCUGGGUGUUUUAAUGUGUGUCCUAUAUGUGAUGCACAUCGUAAAAAGGUAUAUCAUUAAGCACACCAUUAUGGCUGCCAUAUUGACUUUUCUGAUAUGGAAUGGAAUAGAAUAGAAUAGAAUAGAAUAGAAUAGAAUAGAAUAGAAUAGAAUAGAGUUGGGAGGGACCUUGGAAGUCUUCCUGCUCAGGCAGGAAACCAUAUACCAUUUCAGACAAAUGGUUGUCCAAUCUCUUCUUAAAAACUUCCAGUGUUGAAGAAUUCACAGCUCCAUGAAUACUCCCUCAGUUGGAGAGUAAGCAAAGGCACAUAAGUCACCUUAUCAUAGCCUUCUGUACUUUGUCAAGAUGGAUAUCAUUUCUAUUAUGUCACAGUAAUUAUUUUAAAAUCUGCCUUUAUUUUAUGCAACAUGGUGCCAAAUUUAAUCCUUUUUAGAGUUCAUGUUACGAUCCAAGAGUUGUGAUAACACUGUGGAAAACUUGUACCUCCUUAAUGAGCAGCACGGGUAUAUGUAUGUAGGUCUUGGCAUAUUCGGGUCUUUUCCUAUGUAAGGUUGAGAGUAUCUGGGCGACAUUUCAACAAGGCCUCACUCAUCAUCUUCAAUCAUCUUAUGUACCUCAUAUAUAUGUAGGUCUUUGGUUAUUUGGGUUUUCUCCCGCGUAAAAUUGGAAGUGUC